CCGACGACAGAGCCAAGCGCAGCAUGCACUCGCUCAAGGGUCAGGUUGUGACGGUCAACGUCAGCUCGCAUGGCUCCCUCUUCGAGUACAUGCCAGGCAUUGGUGACGACGUGAAGGUGCUGCUAGCUCAAGAUCACCACUUGCUGCCCGAGCGCUUCCAGCAGGCACAGUCUCAGGCUCGUGAUAUUGGUUGGCAUGGGAUGUGGGCUGCUGCGACGCCGAGUACUGCCUCGGCGACGGGCUCGACUGCAGGUGUCGCGAUUCUGGUUCGCACGGACGCGAUGAUCACCGCCCCUAUCUUGGCCGAGAGGGAGGUCGUCACUGGAAGAUGUCUGUUUGCGCAUAUUCACUGGGGUGUGCCUGGCGGUUUCACAGCUGGCAGCAUCUACCCCGACACGAAGGAUGGCAUGGGCCCAGUCAACGCGGCUUACCUGUGGGAGAUGGUCAAGGCACUCGCGAGGUUCAACAGCGAGGGGGUGGACUGGCUCAUUGGUGGGGACUGGAAUAACCAGCCUGCUGAGCUCUUCUCGUCCAGCUGGGCCACUGCAGCCUCGGCUAUACCCUUCUGCCCAAAGGUGCUUGGACAGGACUACCCGCCAUGGAGGAUCGUACCGAAGUUGCCCAAGGCACUACCACUACAGGCCCCUAUUGGAUGCUCGAGGUUCCCUUACUAUUGGGAGGCCACCAGCUUCGAGGUGGCCGACGACGCUGAAGGGCUUGCUGCUUGUAUGGGCGACUUGAUGAUUGGGGUCGAAAGGGAGCUCACCAACCGCUACGACUAUGUGGGCCCUGCUGCGCUGCGCUAUUCAGGCCGAGCGGGGGCGACUUCCUUCACGUGGCGGAAGGUUGCCUGGCAGCCACCCCUCAAGCGCACCUACAAGCGCCCUCAGACCUUGGCCUGGAAGGUGGUACUCCGAUGGUUUAUGCACAUUCAGAAGGAGCGCCACAGACUUCGUACGCUUGUCACCAGGCUUCAGAUGGCCCGCGUUCUUUGUGAUAUUGAUCCGCCCCAGUGCGCAGUCCUACUUCAGGCUUUCAGUGAAGUUGGUGGGUUUCUUCGUAACAUUAUGCGCAGCCAAGUGGUGCUCCACCAGAUGCCUGAGAAUGCGCAGGCCUUCCUGAACUCUGGGCUGCAGGUUUUGGUCGCACCUGGAUUCGAGGACCUCCUGCGCUCGGUCGGGAACGAGGCCACUCGGCUGCGCAAGGAGGACCAGCGUGAAUCCUACCAAGCGUGGGUGCAGUUCCAGCGUACGGCCUUUCAGCCAGGGGCCUCUAUUGCUCACCGCGUCACCAAGGUGCGGCCGCUGGAUCAGGUUGUCGCAUUUCAACGACGCCCUGCAGAUGCUCAGCCACAGGCUCUGGCGAAUCGGGACAUGAG